AUGGCUGAGCGACGCGUUGUGGUACUCCCGAUUGAUGCCAGUGACAAUGCAAAGUUGGCCUUCAAGUGGUAUGUGCAGCACUCUAGACAGCCUCGCGACUUCGUAAUUCUGUUGCACGUGCUUGAGCCCAUAGUCCUCAACCCGGUGGGGGGCUUCGCUCUGGAGCAGACUUCCGUGUUGUCUGCGAAUGUGAGUAAGCACAUGAAGGAGGCCCUACCUGCGGGACGUCAGCUUGCUGAACAAUUCGCCAGCAGGUGCAGGGAAGCCAACAUUCAGCACAAGAUCACCAUCCACGCUGACUCAGUUCCAGGCAACGCAGUCUUGAAGGUUGUGGCGCAGUACAAGGCUAAUCUCAUUGUUAUGGGCUGCCGUGGAACGGACAAGGCCCGACGGACGCACUUAGGCAGUGUGAGUGCGUAUGUCCUUCAUCAUUCCCCGGUGCCUGUUAUGUUAGUGCCUCAAAGGGAUCAUAAACGGCCCUCAAUUGCGGUUUCGUAGGGCAAUCAGCCCUCACAACUUUCUGCAUAUGAAAACUUGUCCCCCUGCCAAGCUAACCUUUUUUUCUAUCAGUAUUAUUUAUCUGGUUAUAAAUGAAUAUAUAUAUGUAUAAACACACGCACAAGGUUGUAAUCAUUUUUGGGCUGGUAUGUAGUUUUCCAGUUUGCAGUGUUACCAAGUUAGUCCUCCCACUCAGAGGAAAGUCUGAAACCAAAGAAACAGCUUCUUCUUAUUCCUCUUAUUGUGUGAGUCCAUGUGUUCUCAAGAACUUCAGAGGCUUACUUUAAAUCAGUUUGCUUUCAUUGAAGUAUAUAACUGAGUUCUCGGGAGAGGGGGUUUUAGGUGGUUUGCCGCAGGAGGGAAAUUUUAAUUACCAAUAAUCUCCUUUAUAUAGGUUUUAUACGAAAAGAGGAAAGACCGCGUAAUAAUAGGUUGGGUAGUAUUUAUUAUGUUAAUUCUCAUAAAGGCUCAAGAAGCCAUCGGACGAAUCUUGUGCAGGGAAUUUAGCUGCGUGAAUAUGUUCUCCUUCAGAUACGCCUAUGCGAAGCGACUAGUCAGAAAACUACAAUAAAUUCUCGCGCUGUUUUGCCCUUGCAAAGACAUGUUGGCAUGGGGGAUGUCCAGGCUGCUUUCAAAUAUUUUGUCAGAAAUGCUUUUCCACCACUAACUCCUGAUCUAGCCACUGUGUUAUGGACUUAAUUAACCCUAAACCAGAAGCCCUGAAGCAAAACGGAAGUCUUCAUUUCCGUCCUGCCAACAAAAUAAUAGAUCAGUGAACUCCACUAUUGGGGGAUUUUGUACAGUAGGUGAGCCAACUCAUGAAAUGUCCACAGAAAUUUCGAAAUGCGUUUUCGUUCCGAAAGGUGAAUCAAGUAGGGUUGUGAAUCUGAUCAUCUUGCUGCGUAAUUCUACAAUAAUUCAGUUGCCUUAGGAUGCCGGCUACAUGCAAAAACUAUACUCCGUAAAAAAUGACUACGUAAGUAGCAUAAAUUUUUUCAUUUAUUUUCUAUGCCCUUAAAAAUGUAUUAUAUUUCAUGGAAAACCGGAAUAAAAAUAUUCAUUCUUUCUCUGAUUCGGUAGAAAAUGACGUCUUCUUCCAAUUUUAUACUCAGAGGGAGGGUAUAAUUCGGUUUCAAAAAACGUUUCCAAUUUCGGGAUAAUUUUGAACCCGACCUGCCGUUGCAUUCAGGGUUUCCGAACUACAAUCCGCACAUUUUCCGCGUAUGGAAAACCUUAUAUUUCUCUAUAGCAUUAAGAGGAGACCGUAUCGGGUUCAUUAAAUUAAGCAGUGGAUUUGAGUUUUAUUAUUAAUUUACAAGCUACAUUGGUAAAUGCAGAGACAUAACGUUUUUGGACGGCCAUUUCACGGUAUUGAAAAAUCCAAGAAUUGGAAACUUUUUUAAACCGAAUGAUCCCCUUCCUUCGAGUAUAAAAUAAAAGGAGGCGUAAUUUUCUGUCAAAUGAAUAAAAGAAUGGACAUUUUUAUGCUGGUUUUCUAUGAGAUAUAUUUACAGUGGUAGUGGCAUCGAAAAUCAAUAAAAAAUGCAUGCUACUUUAGUAGUCAUCUUUCACAGAGUAUUGUUUGGGCAUGCAGCCGAAAAGAACUAUGUGCAUGAUGACCAGUUUUACAACACUACUUAAUUAAUAUUUUCGAAACGAAAGAGCAUUUCGAAAUUUCGGCCGACAUUUCAUAAGUUAGUCCACCUACUGUAUAUUGCUGACGUCAGCUGACGUGACGUGGACUCGUCGCUCAUGUGGGGCGAGACUUUGGCGGGAAAACACUCCAUGAAACAAGUUGGUUCAUGGUAUCGUGGCAUGGCUGGCUGCUGAUGACAGAUGAUCCUCAUGUCGUUGUCAGCAAAUUAAAAUCCCUGAAUACUGUAGAUUUUAGUCAUAAACGGGCAAACGUCGUAAUCCACAUCAAACAGCCCACAUACCCCCAGAAUGUAAGUAAACGAAAUUUACCAAACAAGCACGGUGUUAGGUCUUAGUCGUCAUGCUUGGUGUCAACUGCCGUUUAAGCAGUCGAGUUGAAGGCUGUCAAUGACAGCAGAAUGUCAGCGCCUGAAUCAAUCUUGUCACGUCAGUAGUAGAAUGCGCUGCACAUGGUAAGCAGUAUCAUCACCUGUCUUCCAGCAUGUUUAGGUCCUGCCUAGAAAGCCAGACGCGCAAUUGCCGACUUUCUGCGGCUGCAUGACUCGAUUUCGAUGGAAAUUACUAGAGUAGGUAUCAACCACUCCUCCCGAGGUACAACUACUCCGUACUCUCUUUUGGAGAUCCAGUUUGUCAUCGUCCUGUGUGAGGGAGAAGGGGGGGGGGGGGCUCGGACAUUCUUGUUUGCUUUGAAGCUCCGGUCUGGAAACCAGAGUUACACAGGUCUAUCGCACUCCCCCUUACCCCCACGAAGGCCCGCAGUCAAGCCAACUUUGUAAACAUAAAUUCCACAUGACUUUGAACAUUCUGAGCGUUAUCGAUUGACUAGCCCCUCCAAAUACUGAUCCUCUCGUCCCCAUCAGCAUAGAUUUUUCUUUGGGUAUAGAAUAGCCUCGGUAGACAGUCCUCGCAUGCUCCCAUCGAGUACUUGUGCCUCAUGCCUUAAGACAAUUGCGCGUGCGUCCCUUCGUUUGCUUCUCAGUCGAAGCUUCAUUAAUCAGGUACUUAAGCUGGUAAUGAAGUGUGCUCUGAUAGUAAAUGGUCUUCUUUCUGCCGUAUCCGAUGAUAGGACACCUCCCAAGGUCUCCUUUCCUUCAAACACCACGUUCCUCGCAGUGAUACGGAAUCGAUUUCAUUGACCAGAGAUUCUCCUUCAGCAACCAAACCUGUGAACCCGUGAAUUAGUACUUGUUGGCACGGCAAGCGUUAGCUGCUGAGGUUGCAUUGGCUACCAACUGUCAGUGUUUGUCUGGUGGUGAAAUCACUGCUGUUCCAAAGCUUUGAUGUCAUCAUGAAAAACGUCAGCGGGAGUCGUGCCGAAACGAGUACUUUUGGAGACUUGGUUGAUGGUGCAACAAAAAGAACGAUGACGUCUGAGUUCUGAAGCGAUUUAAAGCGGGUAUGUGUUGCGAUGCGAGAGUCCCCUGCAAAGCCAACGUCAGAGUGACAGUCCCUGUAUACCUGCGCAGCACGAGACCCGUGAGGACUUUCACACAGGCUAAAAAGGUCGCUAAAUCGGGUCGUGGCAAAAAGUACGCGCGUAAGAUUCGACUUUGACAAAGGUGGGGACGCUCGCCGAUCGUUCUUACGGAACUCACUCAUUUCGUUGUGCCUUACGGGCUCUCUCUCUCUCUAGCCAGACCAGCAGCCGCACAGAUGCGCAUGAUAUAGGCAGAAUGUUAUUACUGACAAAGACAAGGGAGACUGGAAUGGCCAUUUCUGGCUUAUUAGCCGUCGUCAGGCAGUUAUACCCAACCUCUAAAUGUGGAACACCCGAGGCUCAUGAGCCGCUGUGCAGAUGAUGGUUGGGCUCGAGAGAGAGAGCCCGUAAGGCACAACGAAACGAGUAAGUUCCGUAAGAACGAUCGGUGAGCGUCCCCACCAUUGUAUAUUCCCAAUCGAAACUGACAGGGCAACGGGAUCGUGACCCAGUGGCUAGAGGCGUGGACUUCUGACUAACAGGCCGCGAGUUCGAGCCUCGGGUGUUCCACACUUAGAGGUUGGGUAUGACUGGCUGACGACAGCGGCUAAUAAGCCAGCAAUGGCCAUUCCAGUCUCCCUGGUCUUUGUCGGUAAUAACAUACUGACUUUAACAAUCUGAUCAAGUUCUGUGACUUACCCGACGGGCUUCCUUGUUGAGGUGCCAGCAGUUACGAAACCCCUCCACCCUCCCCGUGAAAAUUACUUCGUCGUCCUUUCAGCUGAGGCGUUUGGACACGACUGCCAUGCAGUCUUGUGAAGGAAAAGAGAAGUUAUGUGACACCACAAAGUUCUGUGAAUUGGUCUAGAGCGUUUGGAGGAGAAGACAGAAGGAUGCAGAAAGCCCUUGGUGGUUAAGGUAGCUGAAAUACUUAGUUUAAAAGAGAAACAAACAAGAGGGCGUUGUCGAGGGUAUAUUAGGCAGCCAGUAACUAAUAACAGCGACGGAAGGGAACACGCGUUAGUUUCUCGAAGAGGAUAAACCUUCCACUGGGAAGUGAAAACUGUUUCAUGGUAUUUUUUUCAUCGUAAGUGACUACCAGACGAGGCCAACUGCCACCGAACGCAGUUAAACAUCCUCACUUCGGAGGGCAGGGGUAGAAGCUCGACUAGACAGUCCUAACCGAAUCAAAAGGCACUGUCAGCCAAAUAUUUGCUGAGCCUUCGUUUCACUAAGCAACACGCCGUCAAACAUCAAUGGGGGCAUUUUUACAGGAAUUUGAGCUUUACAAAUUGGACAGCUAGUCAUUUUGCUGGAUGUCACAACAGCAGACUCCGUGAGUUGCCUAAUCAGUAGUACGUUUGCCAAUAAAUAUACAAAUGUGGGACUUAAAACCUACGAAGUCCUUCGACAAAAGAAGAAGCGAGUGGCAACGGUGAUGAUUAUGAUGAUGAUGAUGAUGAUGAGGAGGAGGAGGAGGAGGAGGAGGAGGAGGAGAGGGAGGAUAAAGAAGAGGAAAAGGAAGAAGAAGAAGAAGAAGAAGAAGAAGAAGAAGAAGAAGAAGAAGAAGAAGAAACAUCCGCGGAGUAA